AUGCAGACUCCAGGCGAUGAUUGUUGGCCAUCGGCCUUGAAGUGGAAGGCCCUCAACAGCACUGUUCAGGGACGUCUUAUAGCCAACGAGCCCCUUGCGAAGCCAUGCUAUGCCGGUGAUAUAGAGCGCUGUCAAGAGAUCAGCGCCAAUUACUUGGACUCUUUUACGCUAGAGAAAUCUCCGGUAGGAUAUCAGUAUUCCGCCAUCGACACUUGCGCUCCGUUGAACUCUUCCAAGCCACUAGCUGGAAAGCCAAUGUGCGACCUGGGAAAUUCACCAAUCUACAGUAUCAAUGCGACCGGACCUGCUCACGUUGCGGCGGGCAUCAAGUUUGCCAAGGAGAACAACGUGCGACUUGUGAUAAAGAACACGGGCCAUGAUGUUCGCUGGCGAUCCUCGGGAUACGGCAGCCUGUCUAUUUGGAUGAGAAACGUGAAACCACCACUCAAAUUCCAGAAGACAUAUACAUCACCCAACCAAUCAUGCGCGUGUGGUUGGACGGGAAGCGCAAUCACUAUCGGUGGUGGAUACAUUUGGAACGAUGUGUAUGAAUUUGCCGCAAAACAGGGGGUCAUUACCGUCGGUGGAGAUGAUAAGUCUGUGGGUGCUGUCGGAGGCUAUAUCCAGGCCGCUGGCCACGGCCCUGCUGCUCAUGCCUUCGGUCUAGCCACUGAUCAGGUGCUUGAAUAUCAGGUCGUGCUUGCAUCGGGCAAGCUAGUCACCGCAAACGCAUGUCAAAACCAGGACCUGUUCACUGCUCUCCGCGGCGGUGGCGGUGGCACGUUUGGCGUGGUGAUGUCUGCUACCAUCAAGGCGCACCCGACGCGCGCGGUUCUCCAGCACUCAUUGCAAAUCGUCUCUGAGACCAAGAACCAAAGCCGUUUGAUAGAUGCAGUUGCGGAAGUUGCCUCUAAAUUCCCCAUUAUAUCGGACGAAGGCUUUGCCGGCAACGGAGAAUUCGUGAAAAUUGGGAAUGUCUUUUCCUAUACCCAUAGUUUCGGGGCCUUACUCGAGAAAAACUCCUCCUCUGAGAUCGAGCAUGCCAAACAGACCAUGAACAAGGAAGUCGUGGAUACUCUGGGCAAAUACAACGGGACUGGACUAUACGUGAAGUCGCAGUUUCAACAAUACAACACUUUCCAAGACUUCUACGACAGCGGACGCCAUUAUGAGAGUGCUGCCAAGGGCAUUAUUCUGGUUUCGCGCUUUUUCGACAAGAAGUCACUGUUGAACCAAGACAAGAACCUGACUACCAUGUUUCACACUCUGUUCGGCAAACUCGAUUCCGGAAUUCAGCCUUCCGGAAUCUCACUUACCUUGGCCCUCAUCGGCGGUGGCGAAGUAUUGAAGCCCCAGCCUUAUACGUCCGUCAAUCCUGCAUGGCGCAAGACUUAUAUGAUCGCCGAACAAGUUGAAGCGGCCCCUCCUGCGAGUGGUAUGGAAGGAUUGAGAGAGGUCUGGGACCGUGCCACCAACAAGAAGCUAAAGGCGAUGAAGGCUAUUACUCCUGGCAUGGGAACUUACCUGAACGAGGCUGAUCCUUAUGACCCAGACUGGAAGGAGGCAUGGUAUGGAGAUCAAUGGGACGCUUUGAAAACCACCAAAGACAAGUACGACCCCGAAAAUGUCUUCUGGUGCUGGCGAUGCGUCGGAUCUGAGGGCUGGGAUGAAAUCAAGGGUCCUGCCCUCUGGGGACCAUUGUGUGAGACCAAAUGA